AUGCACGCGAUCAACCUCUCCUCUCUCCUAGCUCUUGGCCUACUCUGCGCUCUCCCUCUCGUAACAGCAGACUGCUGGUCCAGGAAAUGCAGCAUCGACGGGCUCGGCACAUUCGCCUGCGGCACCGCCUGUUCCCGAAAGGGUUAUCGGUACCAUGGGUAUGAGAACUACUACAAGCUAGGCUUCCCGCCUCGCGCCAACACCGUGUGCACGUGCGGUACGUUUCACUCGGAUGAUUGCGGUGUGUGCAAGAAUCGCGGGACGCCGUGUAAGAGCCGCAAGGCGGAGUCGGAUGAUUUUUACGCUGGACGCGUGCCUGGUUGUUGAUGAGCGCGCUUUCCAUUGGGAAACCCGUCGGGGUAGCGUUCCGGGAGCGCUAGAACGGCGGGAAGAACAAGCGAGGGAAUUUGAGCCG